AUGGAGAUGGAGAUGGCAGAUGGCAGUGAGGUGGCCCAGGAUGCUCCACAGCCCACUCACAUCGAUGUGCACGUCCACCAGGAGUCGGCUCUGGCCAAGCUCCUGCUCUCUAGAGGCUCCCUGCUGCGGCUCCUGUUCCCUGCUGUGGCCACCGCAACCCGGAGCCCAGGCAGCAGCCGGCUUCUGGUGGCCUCCUGGGUGGUGCAGAUCGUGCUGGGGGUCCUGAGUGGGGUCCUGGGGGGACUCCUGUACCUCUCCAAGUACUACAUCCUGUACCGGUCAGGAGCCGCCAUCUGGACAGGGGUUGUGGCUGUGGCGGCUGGAGCUGCUGCCUUCACUUACCAGGAGCGGGGUGGGAUCUGCUGGGCCCUGCUGAGGACUCUGCUUGCACUGGGAGCUUUCUUCACAGCCAUUGCUGCCAUCAUAAUUGAAGCCAAACUCCAUUACCACGGAUACUACUUUAGUCAUUAUAUGUGUGAUUUCUCCCGCUCGAGGAACUGGCAUUCUGGGUCCUCCAGCACGCUCAGUCCAGAAGAAGGAAGGAGGAUACACCCGUGCAUCGCUUACCAGAAAAUGAUGAAUAAGCUAUCCAUCAGCCUUCAGGCCAUGCUUUUGGGUGUCUGGAUUCUGCUGCUUCUGGCAUCCCUGGCCCCUCUGGGUCUCUACUGCUGGAGAAGAUCCCCACUGGAGAAGAAAAGAGACCAGAAGAAGCUGUUGGGAGUGCAUGGGAUCCAGCCCUGCCUUUCCUGAGAACCUAUGUCUGGCUCAUCUUCUAAAUGUCCCCUCAUCUGAUUCCUGGAAGAACCAGUGGGAGUAAAGAUACUCUGGUAUUCCCAGUG